CCCAUUGCUCUCUACUGGUUCCCAUUGGUUCCCAUUGGUCCACAUUGCUCCCCACUGAUUCCCAUUCAUUCCAUUGGUCCCCACUGGUUCCCAUUGCUGCCUACUGGUCCCCAUUCGUCCCCAUUGGUCCCCAUGCGUUCCCAUUGGUUCCCACUGGUUCCCAUGGUUUCCCAUUGGUUCCCAUUGCUGCCUACUGGUUCCCAUUGGUUCCCACUGGUUCCCAUUGGUUCCCAUUGCUUCCAUUGGCUCCCACUGGUUCCCAUUGCUUCCUACUGGCUCCCACUGGUCCCCAUUGGUCCCCAUUGGUUCCCAUUGCUUCCCAUUGCUGCCUACUGGUUCCCAUUGGUCCCCACAGGUUCCCAUUGGUUCCCACUGGUCCCCAUUGGUUCCCAUUGGUUCCCACGUCUUCCCCCCGGUUCCCAUUGCUCCCGCAGGUUCUGCCAUGCGCUGGCCGCGCUCAGCUCAUCUCCCCACGCUGCUGCUGGUGCUGUUGGCUCUUCUGCUUCUGUGGCAGCACCGCAACCCCGACCCCUCCAGCACCUCCAUCACCCCCAGCACCCCCAGCACCCCCAACACCCCCAGCACCUCCAUCACCACCGCUGCCUUCCGGUGGCUCCCAGCCACGCGUCACCCCCUGCAGCCGCCGUACCCGGGGCCGUACCGCUUCCUCCUCAACGAGCCCCACAAGUGCCGCAGCUCCCGGCCUCCGUUCCUGGUUCUUCUGGUGGCCUCUCAGCCGUGGGACGUGGAGGGCCGCGCCGCCAUCCGCCGCACGUGGGGCUCGGAGCUGUCGGUGCCCGGCGUCCCGGUGGUUCGGUUGUUCCUCACCGGCGUCCAUCCGGUGUUCGGCGCCGAGUUGGGCCGGCUGUUGGCGGAGGAAAGCUCCGUCCACCGCGACAUCCUACAGCAGGACUUCGUGGACACGUACCACAACCUGACCCUAAAAACCCUGAUGGGGCUGCAGUGGGUGUCCCGGCACUGCCGCGCCGCCAGCUACGUGCUGAAGGCCGACACCGACGUCUUCCUCAACCUGGCUUUCCUGGUGCACCGCAUCCUUCGGCCCCGCCGCCCACCGCGCCGGCGCUUCGCCCUCGGUUACGUCUACCGCGGCACCGGGCCGCUGCGGGACCCCAGAUACAAAUGGUUCGUGCCCCCCCAGGUUUACCCCCACCCCACGUACCCCCCGUAUUGCGCCGGUCCCGCUUACGUCCUAUCCGGCGACGUCGCCGUCGCGGCGUUCGGCGCGGCGCAGGUUCUGCCAUUGUUCAACAUGGAGGACGCCUUCGUGGGGGUCUGCCUGAAGUUUUUGGGGGUGGCGGUGACCGACGGCCCCCCCGGCACUUUCAAUAUGGGGCGGCUGCCCUACGAGCGCUGCCGCUUCAGCCGCGCCGUCAUGGUUCACCGCUACGAGCCGCGGGAGGUGCUGAGGAUCUGGCCCGACUUCAAGGCUGAUAACGGGACGUGUCCGCCAUGGGGGGG